GCUCAGAUAAAAGGGGCGCAGCGGGUUUCAGAACACAGCAGUGCUCUAGAGCCUCGCAUCUCCACACCUCCUCCAGCAUAUCCGGAAUCUGUGCUCCCUGGUCUAAGAUCUUGUCCGCAAUGAGGCUCCUGUCCCGCUGCUCCACCUCCAUCCCUGGCCGUUCGUGCUCUCUGCAGCUGCUGGCGUUUCUGUUGCUGCUCACACUGCCACAGCGUUUAGCUGAAGCUGGUCCUUCCUCCGCCUUUGCGGCAAUAGAGCUGCGUUGUGUCUGCUUAUCAGUAACUUCAAGAAUUAAUCCCAAAAUGAUCAUGAACUUGGAGGUGAUCCCGGCGGGUCCACAGUGCCCCAAGGUGGAAGUCAUAGCUAAACUGAAGAACCAGAAGGAGGUAUGUCUGGAUCCAGAAGCUCCUUUGAUAAAGAAAAUCAUUCAGAAAAUAUUGGAAAGUGGAAAUAAGAAAACUAAGAGGAAUGGACUUGCACUGGAAAGACCGCCCAGAAGCCAAUAAAAACAUUUCUGAGGAGUAUGUCCCCAAUGAAGACAAGAAGAAAGGGCUGACCCCUCCACAUUAAUUUUAUUCGUGAGCUCCCUGCUUUGAAGAGGAAAGGGAAACCGCUGUUCUCGAAGCUUUCAGCUCAUCUUAUCAGUGCAUUUU